AUGGCGGGUCCUAGCGAUGUUUUUGCUGACUCCAGAGUUGCCUCCGACUUGGGCGCAUCAUCGGACGAUGAUGAUUUCGUCUCGAGCGCCAGUACCGCAUCUGCGGGGUCGGACACGCGGCCACUUGGGAAGGACCGAGAGGCCACUGUGGUGUUGUUGAAUAACCACCAGCCGACCGCUUUGUCGACGGAAUCGCCAUCAGAUGGAGCGGGUCAGGAUAAUGGGAAUGAAUGCGUGGUGACUCCAGGGGUGAAGGAGGAGGUCCGUACGCCUGUGGAGAUCCAACACUUGUCCACCCCGCCCAAACGACCACUGCAUCUGCUGGAUCUACCGAUGGACAUCUUGCAGGUGAUUAUGAAGGAGGUCACCCAUACGAACGAUUUGACGUCGCUGGCGCUCUCGUGCUCUACGCUCCAUUCUCUCGCCGUCCCUCAGAUGUACUCUCGAUUCGAUAUAGUAUGGCCCGACACCUUGUCAUCCUCCGAUCAUCCUGCUGGGGUUGACGCCCUGUCUUAUGGUCUCGCAACGCUAGUCAUGGGGGAGGACGUUUUUCCUGAACUGCCUGCUGGACGCCGCCCAACGGAUACCGCUACCCCGCAUGAUCGACCGCCAGCGUCACAGGAGCCCCACGGCCCCCGGAAGAUACGCCGCGGAAACCACUAUGCUCAGUAUACACGCAAGUUUUCGGUGGGAAAUGGCCCUCUACUCUGGGUUCAGGAAUACUCGGUGACUAAGGAGACGGGCAAGAUGCUGGGCACGCUGGUCGCUUUGGCGGUCGCACGGAUGGUCAACUUGGAGACGUUCAUCUGGGAUAUGCCGACCGGGGUUCUGAGAGACGUGUGGAUCGCGCUGUCAUCACUAGCGGAUCGUCCAGGACACGACUGCCGCUUGGAACGGGUUUGGGUCCGGUGGCAUGAUAAUUCUGAAAAUUCAAUGCGCUCUGCACAAGACGUGGCCACCACUUCGUCCUUGACUCUGCCCGCCAUCCAAGUGCCGACCAACCCUCCGGCAUCCGGUACCCCUCUGCAGCAGAAAUACGGGCAUGUAGAAUACCCGACCCUCUCCAUCCUGCCCCCCAUGCGGAGCUUGAGUGUGCUGGACAUAGACGAGCCCUCGUAUCUGGAGGAAACAGCCGUUCUCAUCGAGCGCUCAGUAGGAAAACUGAGGGAACUUCGCAUUGGCAUCUCUCCCAAGGUCUACCAGGCGGAGUGGUUGAAGGCCCCCGCGGUCUGGUCAUCGAACUCACCUCCCAACCAGGGUCCAGUACCAGGUUGGCCCAAGAAUGGUGGUGUUCUGGGUCUCUUGUUUGGAGUGUCCAGUGACCCCUUGGGCGAUGAUCCGACGAGCGGAUCAGCUAAGAAGCAAGACCCUGAUGUCGCUGAUACUCAUGGGCUUAACGCGGCAAUUCCACCGGUCGAAACUUCCAACGUCGCACCCGAGAUUCCGUCCUCCCAGCCCGUGAACAUUGCAUCAACGGAGCAAGAUCCUCAUAAUACUGGCAUACCCAAUCAAGGCGAAACCUCCUCGCCACUGGCACAACUAUCUCCAGCUGAAACCCCAGCUCCGACAGUCCCACCAGAGGGCUCCAAGCGAUCAACCAAAUCAACCAGGUCCAAAAAACGAAGGGAUGAUAUCGUGCCUCGAUUGAACCUGGAGACUCUAGAACUGGAGCGUGUCCCUUUAUCAGUCUUAGCGAUGCAGCAUGCUCUUGAUUGGACCAGGAUCACGACGCUCACGAUUCUCCGCUGCGAGGGUCAUGAAAAGCUUUGGAGGGCCCUGCGUCGCGAGUUCACUCCGUCACCCACGCCACAAUCGUCCAGAUCACGAAGAAAGUCCGCUCCUGGUCAUUCCACCUUACUGUACGACUUUCCGCUGAAGAUCAAGCACAUACACACGGACUCCGUCUCGCCGUAUCUCUUGCUGUUCAUCAAGGACGCCCUUGCACCGAACAGUCUCGAGACUCUCCUCCUGCACGAGGCGCCCAUGUACGACUCGAUCGUCGGUAUCGACGCCAUCUACAAAAAUGUGGUUCGCAACCAUCGUUUGAGUCUCCGCAAGGUAUUAAUCGACAGCACCGAACUAUCGCCCGACGGAGGUGAGCUAGCCACCAGCCGCUGGCGGAAAUGGAUGUUCACCCGAGAGAUGGUCUCUUUCUUCACGAGUGGGCGCAUGCCCCGAUUACGCGAGCUGUCCAUGACCAUCCACUCCAAAGACUGGCACUACUUCCUCCAAAGACUGCCCAACAUCCCCUACCUUCGUGCUCUCCACAUCGCACACAUCGCACACCCCAUCCACCGCGACCCCAAAGAACUCGCCAUGCAAAUCCUAGACAUAGUAACUAUCCGCCCGGAAGUAGGAAUCAGCUACGUAGGCAUGCAAAGCAAGUGCUACGAGAUCCUUGAAGGCAAACGCGGCGAUAAAGACGACGACCUCGACGACCUAGACACCCACAGCGAGGGCUUCGUCCCCGGCGGAGACGACUGGGCUGGCUCAGACAGUAUGGACGAUGACUCCGACGACUCCGACGCCGCUGCCGCCGUCAGCGCCGCGGACUCGCACUCUGAGGCGUCCUCUGAUGACCGGGGCUCAUCUGAUGGUGAUGAUGUGGAGUUUGGAGGUGGGAUAUCAAGGGUUGCGUUCCGGUUGAGGGAGAUUCUGUUUUAUGAUGAUAAGAUUUCGAUCUUCAAAGCGAGGCAUGGGAGUUUGUGA